AUGGCGUCCUCACAGAACGAGAGCCUGGCGGCGAACUGGAAAUGCUUGCUGGCUUGCCUGCUCAUUGCAAUGGGACCGUUUCAAUAUGGUGUCGACUUCGGUCUUAUUGCUGGUAUUCAAGCCAUGGUGGGCUUCAACCAGGUCUUCGGCCACAAAGAUCCGCUGUCUCCGACCGGAUGGAACCUGAGUCCGGUUACCCAACAACUAAUCUCGUCUUUCAUGACCAUCGGUGCGGUCCUUGGUUGUGGUUUCGUUGGCCCUCUGUCGACCAAAUUAGGAAGAAAGCAAUGUGUCUGGCUCGCAGUUGUAUGGUGCUACGUGAGCGAUGCCAUCAUGAUGGGCACCACCAACGUUGCCGCUCUAUACGUUGGACGUAUCUUGAUCGGUAUUGCAAAUGGCUGGUUCAUGACCUUCCCCCAGCUGUACCUUCAAGAAGUCGCCCCAGCACACCUUCGUGGGUUUGUCUACGUCUUCUUCCAGUUUUGGGUCGCACUGGGCUCCCUGAUUGGCAAUAUCGUUGACAACUUCACCGAGACCAAGCCCGGCAGACAGUCCUACCUCAUACCGCUGGGCAUCAUCUACAUCGUCCCACUCAUCCUCGGAGUUGGUAUCAUCUUUAUACCGGAGUCGCCACGUUGGCUAUUGACCCAUGGCCGAAGAGAAGAAGCCCGCAAGGCCCUCUUGUGGCUAAGGCCCGAGGGCACCAACGUCGAUGCCGAACUGUUGGCCGUCGAGACUGCGCAUAAUCUCGAGAUGGAGAGCAACAGCAAUGCAUCGUGGACCGACAUCUUCACCAACAAGAUCGAGCGGCGUCGGACUCUACUCUCGCUCGGCUCCCUCACUCUCCUGUCCGCCCCUGGCGCCAUGUUUAUGAUCAUGUACGGAACCUACUUCUUCCAAAUGGCCGGAGUCGGCAAGCCCUUCGAGGACAGCUGCAUCCUUUCUGCCUUGUCCGUGGUCGGAAUUCUUGCCUCUUCCCUCGUCGUGACUCGCCUGGGCCGGAGGACCAUCCUGAUGUCCGGCAUGGUCAUCUGCGGGAUCAUGCAGCUCAUCCAAGCCUGCGUGUACAAGGCUCAGCCCACCGCCUCCUCGACAGGUAAGGUCAUUGUCGCCAUGAACAUCAUCUACAUGUUCUUCUACAACGCUUGCUUGGCCGCCUACGCGUGGCUGGUCGGCGGCGAGAUGCCCAGCCUGCGAUUGAGGUCCUUUGUCUUUGGCCUGGCUGGCGUCGUGGGUUUCUUCUGGCCGUGGCUCAGCGUCUUCACCGCGCCGUACUUCAUCAACCCAGACAGUCUGAACUGGGGUCCCAAAUAUGGGUUCAUUUGGUUCCCAAGCGCGAUGGUAGCCACCGUUUGGAUCUAUUUUUUCCUUCCCGAGGUCAAGGACCGUACUCUCGAAGAAAUCGACGAGAUGUUCCAAGCCAAUCUCGCCGCCCGCAAGUUCAAAGGCUACGUCUGUACCAGCACCACUUUUGGUGUACAGCAGAAAUUUGUGGGGGAGAAGGGUGAUCUUGAGGUUUCGGCGAUAGAGGUGGAGGCGGUUGAGCAUGCUGCUCCGCCGCAUACGUGGGAGUAG